AUGGAAAAUAUUAGAAACGGUUUUGUUCGAAGUUUAAAACCGAAGGCUAGUGAAUCGGCUACCACCAGAAAAAAACACUAUUUGCACGAUGAGAUGCAGUUUAUAUUACCAUACGUAAAAAAAGUCAUUCACAUUGAAGAAAAUGGAAAUUUACCAAAUCCUGAAUUAUCGCCUCUCAGUCAGGAACCUGCGUCCACCAAAGAGCGGGACGUUGAUUCUAACAGGAAUAUUACGGAAGAAACUAAUUCAGAAACUCUUUCCCAUGUUGAAAAGCCGUCGUCGUCGUUCCAAAAACAAAAAAAAAACCGAAUUAAACCUGUUAAUAACGAAGCUGAUAAGGCUUUUGUGGACUGGCUAAAAACCAAAAAACCUAAUGAAGAUGAUCCACGAAAAAUGUUCCUUCUGAGCUUGCUACCCGACAUACAAAGUCUUUCAGAUGAACAAAUGAGCGCCUUUAGAAUAAAAGUGUUGAUUCUUCUAGAAUAA